AUGAUUUUUAAGAUAUCUACUUUUGGGUUAUUUUAUUUUACUUAUUUUACUGAUCUUUCAAUUGUCAAGUAUAUAUAUAUAUUUAAUUCUAAAAUGGAACAAAAAAAUGAUAAUAAUAAUCUUUCAUUUAUACAAUUUCCUAAAAAUCAUCCACAAGGGUGCCGUUGUGAUGAUUGUAAAAAAGUUAGACGUGAAAUUGAUAAAAGAAGAAUAAGAAGACCAAUGAAUGCAUUUAUGUUAUGGUCAAAAAAACAACGAAGUACAACAGCAGCAAUGAAUCCAGGUAUAUUAAAUUCUGAAUUAUCAAGAAUUCUUGGUAUACAAUGGAAAGAAUUACCAGAAGAUGAAAAACAAAAAUAUAUUAUAGAAGCUGAACACAUUCGUGAAGAACAUUAUAAAAAAUAUCCAGACUUUAAAUAUACAAAAGAUUCAAGUAAAACAAGAAAAACUCAAUUCAAGCUAAUAAAUUGGCAGCAUCAAACAUUAAAUUAUUCACAACAACCUUAUAAUGAAGUUAUAACUCCAUUUUUUCACAACAUGAAUCAACGUCUUAUUGAUAUGUACAUAACAAAAGAUGAAUUAAUAUACUUAAAGGUGAAUGCAGAACAAGAAUUUGCAUUUAUGUUUCCUACAGAAACUUUACGUCAAGAAUUUAGCUGGUAA